CCGAGCGGUGGACUGCCGCUCCGCGUUUGCCGCUUCUGUCGAGGCACCAACGACCAGUUGUGCAUGGUGGAGCCAUGUCGCUGCAAAGGCGACUUGAGCUACGCCCACGCCAACUGCAUUGCAAUCCAGGUCUUCCAGAACGAUUUGCAUUUCUGCCCAUUUUGCCAUUACGACUUCAUCAUCCACUGGGAGCAACAAAAGUCGUUCCGCGAGUGGCUCCUGAGCGAGGAGACGUCGGCCCACCAGCGGCAGCUGCUGUUCAGCCUGGUGUUCGCUAUCUCGAUGGCUGUGGUGCUGGUUCUGUCUUGGCUGCAGGCUGCGCGCGCCCUGGACCGCUUGCCGCGCCUGAUCGCCUUCGUGCUCGCCAUCUUCCUCAUGGUGCACACGGCGUCCUGGAUUGGAUACGCGUUCUACAACUUCUGGCUAUAUCUCCAGGCUUACCUCAAGUGGAAGUCUCUUCCUCUCACGACGGCUGACACCCCAGCCCGUUGAUGGUCUUCGGCGCUUCACCUAUCCUCGCACUGCGGCGCAUAGUUUCUGCAGUCGACCAUGAAAGAGUUUCGCUAAACUUUUAUUUUAAUUU